GGCUUCAGUUUCUAUAAAAAAGUCGAACGGUGGAGCAGCGAAUCCAAAAGAACGGAAAAAUUCCUAAAGAGCAGACCAAAAGUGUUGUAGACCUAACGGAGUAAUCUAAAUUGUAAAUCGACCCUCCACUUCAUACCGAGCGAUCCGACUGGACCUUCUUCACCAGAAAUAUCGCAUCUCCGCUGCUAUCAGGAUUAUCAUAUGAACAUCAGUGACACUCGUCUAAGAAAGUGAAAUUCCAUCAACUCCGCAGCAGUUUUACUUGAGAAAGCUAAAUACGAAAGAAAAGAAGCGUCCCUGUCAUCGAAUCUGUCAUCGUACGAAUAGGAAGGCUGAACAAGAAAAUCAUGUCCGAGAUGAAGUUGAAUCUCCAAAAUUGCGAACUAGCGUUCUUCGGGAUGAAAUCUUGGUGUUACGAGCGGGAUCGGGAAGUCUUUGAAAUCGCAGUUGAACUUGGGAAAAGCCUAUUUCAUAUUUGGGCGGAGACUCAUCGACGAAUCGCGUUGGUUAAGCCUUCGGGAGUUGAUGAAGAAUGUCAACGUUACGAGAAACUUUCUCACGAUUCAAGUGCGGUCCCUGUGACGCUGGAAUCUGCUUUAGAAAAGCUUCACGCUUUCCUUAAUGAAUCACCGAAGCCAGUUGUACUUGUCACCUAUUCUGAGAAACACGACUUCGUCUCCCUAAUUCAAGCGAUUCUCAAAACUGAAAUGGACGAUCAGUUUUAUGGCGUCAUUGCCGGCCUUGCAGAGAGUCACUCCAUUUUGCAAGGGAAGUACGAGCAUCGAACGCCACAAGCGAAACUCGCAUUUCCUAUUCUGCUACGAGGUUUGUUGAAUCAAGAAUACUCCCAACUAUUUCCCAACGCGACAGACAAUGUGAAAAUUAUGAGAGAGCUUGCAAGGAAGUAUAUAUCAAAAUCUGAGUUCAUUGACAGAAGCAAGUCUUAUAAGCAGGCGCUUUUGGAUGGAAUAAGAGCACAGAACGUCGUAAAAGGGAUCGAAGGACUACGCCCUUUGAUGGGUAUUGCGACUGUUGGAACAUUGAAAAGAAUGACUGAAGCAGGAUUAAAAUAUUCUGAUUUAACGGGAGCUUACAAGGACAAUGGCUCUGAAGGACUUGCAGCAUUAUUCUCACGAAAAAAUAGCGAUGGCCAACCUCUCGUUAACGUUUCGUCCGAAGUGCUGGAAGGCAUCGUAAACAUUUUUGAGAAAGAGAAUUUAAGUAAAGAAAAUGAUGGUCGGAAUAACGAAGAGCAGGAUUGGGGGGGAGAGGAUGAAAUUGAGCCAUCACAGAAAUUGCGUGAUUCAAGUAAGGGAAAACGGAUACUGAAUCGUGAUGAGAAUGCAACUUUUGGACAACAGGAGCCAAGGGUACACUAUGGAAAUGAUUCAUUCAGGGGAAAUCAACGCAACCACGCACGUAAUGACCCUAUUCUCAUUGAAGCAAAGCCAGUUUGCUUUGUGAUUGAUGCGUCCGAAGAUGAACAGGAUUUCGAUGAUAAUGGAAAUUUUGAGAAUUUGGAUCUGGAUCCAGUUUACCAGAAAAAUGAUAAAUUUUGGAAUAAAAAGGAUUCAUCUCGCAGUCAACCUCAUCAGUUGGAGCAAAAUCGACGCAACUAUGCCCGCAUCGAUCAUCGCAUUAGCGUUGAAAAAAAAACAGUUCGCUUUGAGAUUGAUUCGUCCGAAGAUGAACAGGAUUUCGAUGAUAAUGAAAAUUUUGAGAAUUCGGAUCUGGAUCGAGUUUACCAGAGAAAUAAUAAAUUUUUGAAUGAAAGGGAUUCCUUUCGCAGUCGAAUUGAUCCAUUUGGGGAAAAUGAGGAUCGAUUUCAUAGCCAAAUUCACCGGUUGAAUGAGAAUCGUAAUCAACGCAACCACGCACGUAAUGAUCGCAUUAUCACCGAAUAUAAGUCAGGUCAAUAUGAGGAUGAUUCAUUUGAAGAGGAAGAGAAUACAAGUAACGAUGGAAAUUCUGAGUUUCUGGGUCAGGAGCCAGUUGACGAAGAAAUUGAUCCGUUUUGGGAAAAUGAGGAUUCGUUUGGCAGCGAAACCCAUUCCAACGUCGAAGAGAAUUCCGAUCUCUAUGAGGAUGACCCAUUCAAGGAGAAACCGAACUCAAAUAACGAUACAAAUUCCGAGAAUUUGAAUCAGAAACCAGUUCAAGAGAAUUUUAGUGUAUUUUGGAAAGAAAAUAACUCAGAUCACUAUGAGGAUAAUUCACUCGAGGAGGAACAAAAUACAAAUAACGAUGGGAAUCCUGAGCCUGUGGAUGAGGAGCCAGGUUACGAGAAAAUUGAUGACUUUUGGAAAGACGCACCUAAUAACCUCGUUAACAUCGAAGAGAACUCAGGUCAAUAUGAGGAUAAUUCAUUGAAAGAGAAACAGGACGUGAACAGCGAUGGAAAUUCUGAGAAUUCGGUUCAGCAGCCAGUUUUCGAGAAAAUUGAUGAAUUUUGGACAGAAAAGGAUUUUCCUCGCAAUCAACUUCAGUCUAACGAGCGCCCAAUGAACGAUGAAAAUUCUGAGCCUUUGAGUCAGGAGCCAGUUUUCGAAAAAAUUGAAGAAUUUUGGAAAGAAAAUGGUAGCAAAAUUGGUUCAUCUGAUUCAGGACAAAAUCUCGUUAGUGAAGCGAUUGAUAAACAGGACGAAACGCUCGACGACAACAAUUUUCAAUCAGAGGAGAAAUUGUCUCAAUACUUUGAGGACGGUCCUUUGGCAAAACGACGACACGUUGGGUAAAAGCUGAUCAUUGAAGGAAAAGCAGGAUUUUGUAUUUGCUUAAAAAACAAUAAUUGCACAAACAUAUUUAACUUUGUUUCACGACAACAUUCUUAACACGAAAAUUCUUGUACAUUGAAAGACGUUGAAUAAAGAUUCCGAUUGAUAUAAA